CCCACUGGCUCGGCACAACAACACAAACGCCAUCUUUAGCUGACAAGCAAAGUACCCGAAGCAGAGUUGUGGAGACAAACUAGGUCAGGCGCUCGGAAAAGCAGACACACUUUCGAAAACCUCGCUUCGUCAGCUUCCAGUCUGCGUUUGCUAACCUCCCGACACACCGUGCUGUCGUAUGGUCCAAUGUGUUUGAUCGGUCGGCUAGUUCGAACGCAGUUUUCUUGUGUCGGUCCCGGUUGACGUUGAUUGAUCGCCUUUCAAUAAAUAGCCGACGGAGGUGAAAGCCAGGAUGAAACGAGGUCUCCAAGGGAAUGAGCAGGAGGAUGGAGGUGGCACCAGCGGCGGGUGUCAGAAGACUCUUAAACGGUCCCGCAAGCAGAGGAGGGAGAACGAUUUGGAAGAGGAGGGAGCCCGUUGGGAGUGUCUGCCACAGGAAAUCCUGCUCCACAUCUUCCAGUACCUGCCUCUACUGGAUAGGGCUUAUGCUUCUCAGGUGUGUCGGGGCUGGAACCAAGCUUUUCACAUGCCAGAGCUGUGGCGGUGCUUUGAAUUUGAGUUGAACCAGCCAGCCAGCUCGUACCUGAAGGCCACACACCCAGACCUAAUCAAACAGAUAAUCAAAAGGCAUUCCAACCACUUACAGUAUGUCAGCUUCAAGGUGGACAGCAGCAGAGAGUCCGCAGAAGCAGCGUGUGACAUCCUCUCUCAGCUCGUGAAUUGUUCUUUGAAGACUCUUGGACUGAUCUCCACCGCCAGGCCGAGCUUCAUGGAGCUGCCCAAGUCUCACUUCAUCUCAGCACUGACGGUGGUCUUUGUCAACUCGAAAUCUCUGUCCUCCCUGAAGAUUGAUGACACCCCAGUAGAUGACCCCUCUCUCAAGGUCCUUGUGGCCAAUAACAGCGACACGCUCAAACUGCUGAAAAUGAGCAGUUGCCCUCAUGUUUCACCUGCAGGCAUCCUGUGUGUGGCCGAUCAGUGCCAUGGCCUGAGAGAACUGGCUCUAAACUAUCAUCUGCUGAGCGAUGAACUUCUCAUCGCCCUCUCCUCAGAGAAGCACGUCCACCUCGACCACCUCCGCAUCGACGUGGUCAGUGAAAAUCCCGGCCAACAGUUCCACACCAUCAAGAAGAGCAGCUGGGACGCCAUGGUGCGCCACUCUCCUAAAUUCAAUCUGGUCAUGUACUUCUUCCUCUACGAGGACGAGUUCGGCCCUUUCUUCCGCGAUGAAAUCCCCGUCACGCAUUUGUACUUCGGCCGCUCCGUCAGUAAAGAUGUGCUCGGCCGCGUUGGACUCACCUGCCCACGUCUGGUGGAGCUGGUGGUGUGCGCCAACGGGCUGCGACCGCUGGAUGAAGAGCUCAUCCGCAUCGCCCAGCGCUGCACGCAGCUGUCAGCCAUCGGCUUGGGCGAGUGCGAAGUGUCCUGCAGCGCCUUCGUGGAGUUUGUGAAGAUGUGUGGUGACAGACUGACACAGCUAUCCAUCAUGGAGGAAGUACUGGUUCCAGAUCACCGUUACGGGCUGGAUGAUAUCCACUGGGAGGUGUCAAAGCAUCUGGGCCGCGUCUGGUUCCCGGACAUGAUGCCUACGUGGUAAAGCUCAGGGAGAAAGUGUAGGUUUGUCGGAGUUUAUCUUCAUAUUUCUCGUCUUUUGACAAAGGCCUCUUUCCAGGCACAGUUUGAGCUCCCUGAAUACAUGAAGAAAUUACAUCUAUCUGAAUUUUGAUCUGAUAAAACAUAAUUUUUGUUUUCAAAAACAUUGAUUUCAACUCUGUUCUGUGUAUAUAUUUUUAUAUUUAAAUGUAUAUUUAUAUAUCAUUAGAUUCAUCUUAUUUUCACUCAUACCAUCUAGCACUUUCUUUUCUUGACCCCUUUCAAGGGCUGUAAAACCCUGCAGGUCGUUUAUGUGUAGUGUUUUAGGAGUAUUCAGGGGUGAUACUUUUUCAUGGGAAUAAACAGAAUUGUAGGAUGAUUACUGGGCAUGAGUUGGAAGUUUGGGAAGUUACUUCACGUACACAGGUUGUAUGUACCAUGUCUAAAUCUGUCACGAUACAGAUCAAUAUACAUUUUGCCUUGUCAUAAGAAGGCAUAUGUACAAUUAUUCUAAUAGAAAUAAUGAGUUUAAUUCAACUGAAAUGACUUCAUAUACAGACAUAUUAAACAGAUUGUCAUUACAACUCUGAAUGCACAGUGUCUUAGAAGUCCAUCAGUGUUGAAAUUUAUAAAAACAGACUUUGAUAGAAAAAUGUACAGUACAGACAUUAAAUGGAGAUGAUCACCAUUAUAAGCUAAUAUAUUUGUUUAUAUUCAGUUAAAAUCACCAAAAUUUAAAUUCUAAUGAAAAGUUUCUGAUGUUCUUCUGAUACUUAUAACAAGAGUAAUAAUGAAUUAUGAUUGUACAAGAAUAAGAAAUAUGUCAUUGUAAAGGGAUGGUCUAUAUGUGGAGCUUGUUAUAGACUGGAUCAUGUGACUAUGGUUAGGUAGGCAGUACAGGUAGCACAUACAGAUUCCAUGUUGAACACAUGUAUUUUCGUUUGGUUUUGAUGUCUGUGUGUCUUCUGCUCCCAGCAUCUAUCAUUGGGUCACUGCCUAAGGUCUUGAAUGCGUUUUUGAGUCACUGCAUCUCAUGUCAAACUGUCUCUUUCUCUGUCCUCGGACAAGGAUGGGGUUUUUCCUGCGUGGAGGAAUUUUGGCGUCCCCCAAAGAGGUUUUUAACAACGCCAAAAUGUUAAGAAAUGUGUAUAAUGUAUAUUAAAAAUAUGAUAACGUUUAGUCAGUUUUGUUAAUUGGGGUUUCAGUUACCAAAGCAUAAUAGACAUUUUUGUUUAUUAAAUGGGCAGAAAUAACAGGAAAAUGCCAAAGUUUCUGUCCACUAAAGCAACAGACACACUGCUAGAGCGAUCAUGCUUACUGUUGUGCAUGGUCACCCUUCAGCAGCUCAAUCUGAGCCAGGAAAAACCCUGAAGGAUGAAGGCCAUUCCAUUCCAUCUUAGCUUUUGUGAAGGCAGUGCUCUCAAGUGACUUUUGCCAUGACAAUCUCAGUCAGUGAGUGUGUGUGUUUGUGUGUGUGUGUGUGUGUGUGUGUGUGUGUGUAUAUAUAUAUAUAUAUAUAUGUAUAUAUAUAUAUAUAUAUAUAUAUAUAUAUAUGCGUGUGUACAUAUGCAUACAUACAUACAUACAAGUGAUGUUUUAACAUAUUGUUAUGUGUUUUGGCAUUGCCUGUCCCAUAUUUUUUGUAAAUAUCACAGUAUCACAGUAAAAAUUAUUGGGAGGGACAAAUCCUAAUUGCGGACAUUAUAUAUUGAUACAUUUAAUGAAACCUUGUUGAUGCACUUUUACUUUAAUGAAGGUCCCAAGUUUAGCCAGUUGAGCUUCUGUGUCAUUAGGGCGUGAAAUGAACACAUUUUACAGCCAAAUGCAGUGGUCUGUAAGUCAGCCAAUGAUAUGAGUCGCCCUUGUUAGUUCAACAGCUUUUUUGGGAUUAUUUUCUAUUUUUACAAAAAUUUUAGAGUCUUAAGAACUUAGAGGUGGGGUUGUUUAAUUAUUGCCAGAUGACAAAAAAAAUCCAUCUGGGAAACUAUACCUGCUUGACAGCACAAUCAUGUUGAUAUUCUAUAUGAAAUUAUUUAACCAAGAAAUAUUUAUUCUGGCUGAGAUUUAGAAAAUUAGAUUUAUAGUUAAAUGGUGUCAGCGGUACAGAGAAAAUACCCAUAUUUUAAAUUUACAUGUUCUGUCUUUAAGAAAAACGUUUAUGUGAUUUUCAGCUCAAUUUAUAUAAUUAGGAUUUACAUUCUGGGACAAGGCUGCACAGUUCUGAACAAUAUGUUUCUCAUGCUGUCAUACAGAAACUUACAAAAAUGGGAAUUUAUACCAAUUAAACAUAUGGUGGUUUGAGAUCAUAUUUGUUGCUUAAAAAGAUGAAAUGCAACAUUAUUUCUAUUGUGCAUUUGGAUGUCAUAGCUCUUAAUGUAACAGCUAAAAAUAUGACACUCGUAAUCUUAAUGAGGUGAUUGUGCAGCCCUGCAGACAGGACAGUUUGGCAGCUGAAUGUGGAUGGAACCGAAUGUUUGCCUGAAUGUGUUGAAAUAUUUAUGUUUCACCUGUUGUUUCGUUGCAUCGGAGUGAUAUAAUAGUAACUGAAAGAUGUCUUAAGGUGGACUUUGCCUGUGGAUUUGCUGAAAGAAAACACAUUUGGGAUGUGCAAGGAGACCUGUUAAUUAUUGUGUUCUGUUAAAAAUCAGCAGCUAGUGUACAGGCUGGAUAUUCGUUCUGUUUUGUGCGUUCUGUUUGCAAAUGUUUAUUGAAAAGAAUCACUACUUUUAAUAUUCUGCCCUGUAAAAGGGGCAUAUCAUGUCUUAAUUUUUCUGUUUCUAGAUGUCAGCCAGACCUGGAGGUGGACUAUAAUUUACUGACAUACAGUACAUUUUACUAUGUAUAUAUAAAACAUGCCAUCUGCUGAUUCUUAUUAACUGCGUUUGUAUUCAGUGCUUCAACAUGAUUAUUGUAGUAUCUGAGAUAGGCCGAGUGAUGGCUGCAGUUUCCUUAUAGAGUACAGUGACGGUGUAUUGUUUUUAUUCUAGCUAAGUAAAGCUGCAUUGUACUGAAGUUUUAUUUGAAGGUGACUCCUUGUACUUUUCCCAAAGACAUGUAAUAUUUGAGUAAAGCUCAUAACCACAUUAAAAAUGCCUGUUUGAAAAUGUA